CAAAAUGCAAUGUGCUGUCUGGAGAAAAAGUGGAAGAAGCUGAACAACCCAGUGAUGUAGAAGAAGGAGGAUUAGAUCUCAGUGUGUCACUCAAACCUGUCAGUUUCUACAUCGCAGACAAAAAAGAAAUGCUUCAACAGUGUUUCUGUGUCAUAGGGGAGAAAAAACUACAGAAGAUGCUGCCUGAUAUUUUGAAGAAUUGUUCCAUGGACGAAAUCAAAAGGCUUUGCUUGGAGCAGUUGGAGCUGUUAUCUGAAAAAAAACUGUUGAAGAUACUUGAAGGCAAGAUUGGAGCUGAUUCUGAUACUGACGAGGAGACAGAUGGAGGAGGCAAGACUGGAGGUGAAUCAGUCAGUCAACAGGACAACAGUAUAGACUCCACUUCUUCCCUCAGAGAAGACAACAAACUGGAAGGUCAGGAAUCAAAACAAGGCAAGGGAGAAGAUAGUGAUGUCCUCAGCAUAAAUGCAGAUGCAUAUGACAGUGACAUUGAAGGCCCAUGCAAUGAAGAAGAUGGCCCGGAUGUGCAAGAAAACAGUGUCAGAAGUGGAGCUGGUCAGAUAGAUGACCUUCAGAAGGACAUUGAGAAAAGCGUGAAUGAGAUACUGGGGUUGGCAGAGGCCAGCCCGAAGGAGCCCAAAGCAGCAACCUUAGCCGUUCCUCCAUCAGAAGAUGUUCAGCCAUCGGCACAGCAGCUGGAGCUGCUGGAGCUUGAGAUGAGGGCUAGAGCUAUUAAGGCUCUAAUGAAAGCUGGCGAUGUAAAAAAACAGCCCUGAGAUUGUUUAAAUGUAAUUUUCAGUAUUUGUUU